AUGGGCUUACAAACGGUUAUGGAGAUGAAGAUAUCAAGCUUAGAAGUAUAUGGUGACUCCAUGUUAGUGAUCAACCAAUUGUUGACCCACUACGAAGUUAGGAAGGAUGAUCUAAUUAUGUACCACCAAAUGGCCACGCAAUUACUAGAAAGGUUUGACUUCAUGAUGUUGGAGCAUGUGCCAAGACAAGACAACCAAAUGGCAGAUGCCUUAGCCAACCUUGCAGCUACAUUGGCGUUGACAAAAGAUGAAGCGGUGAAUCUUCUAGUUUGCCAACGUUGGGUCGUUCCAGUAACACUUGGAGCAUUGCAAGAAGGAGUCAACGUUAUCUCGGUAUUGUCCAUUGACGUUGACGAUUUGAGGUAG